AUGAGCAAGCAUACUAGUAGCAUAGUGCACUCACCCGUAAUUUCUACCGAAGAAUUCAGCGAUGUAGACCCUAUGCAAGCCGAGCUGAAAGACCGAACAAUGCAGCUAGACUUAGACUCCACUAUAUCAAUACCAGACCGAGCACAGGCCUUACAGUUUUGCAAGAAUAAUCCCUUUCAAGGAGGAAACGAGAGUAGCCUGACAGCCUCACAACUACCUCAAGACCGCAUGCGUGCGGACGCUUCUGGCAUUAUGGAGGAUCUCAUUCAGCAAUUAGGAGCGUUGCAAACUGAGUUGCAUACUCGCACUUACAGCCUCGGAACCACGCCGCCGGGAGAGCCAGCAAGCGAUGCAGGAACCAGGCUAUUGUCCACUAGAGUGGCCAGUGAAGAAUCUCUGCAUUCCUCUCAGGCACUAAGGAGUUUGGACGAAGGAAGUGGCAAUAAUAGAUCGGGAACAAUGGCUACUAAUCCUACGCAUCCAGGAUCCAGCCAUCGCUCAGAGUUAUCUACACAGUAUCCUACCACUCGUAGUUCGCCAAGUCAAUCAGUCUUAAUAGCCAAAGAUAGAAUGCUUUGCCAGCCUAGAAGACCGACGCCUAGGCCUCACUACUCUCUAAUUCCUCCAGUAAGUUCCGAAAGUACGGCUGCUUGGGUGCAUACACCCAGUGAAUCGCGAGAAACAGGGCAGGAACCGGGUUCUUUGGAUCGAAUAGAUAACAAUAACAGAGAACGGUUUAAUCGUUUAUUGGUUAGACCCAGGCCGAUUCCCUUCGAGGAAAUAAGAUUAGCAGAGCGAACACAGAGACAGGCCAGUAGUGGAGAACCGGAUAGACUAAGUUCACCAUCCUCCAUUAGGGAGGAAGAGCAGUCAAUCCCAGCGAAUCAGGUUUCAGAUCAAGUAGACCCGAUAAUGCUAGUAAGAAGUGCAGCCACUAGAACUCUACAAGUGCCGACAGCACAGUCUACGCCUAGACCACUACCAACCUUAUCUGAGAAUAGGUUGGGAAGGAGAAACAUCCCCACACGCGAGAUGCCACCGCACUCUAACUUCAUAACUGAUCGAACGGCUCUGGGAGACCCCCGAAUUCCGGCGGCAAGAAUCUACUCAGAAGCCGGCAGUGACGACGAGAGUGCCGAACCAAGAUACGGUCAACGCCAAAGAAAUUCAGGUGUGUUGGAACAAUCGCGUAGAACACCGCCAGUAGAUUCAACCGGAAAUGAAAUGCCUAAUGUAAGUCGACGAGCCAACUUCAUGGCGCCAUUGCAACCGCAUUUAGCCACCCGGCCAGCCCCGGCAAACAUUCCUAUCAACCGGGACAAACUACCGGCUCACAUCAGAAGCCGUAUGGCUACUUCUCAAAGAUUUACCGAGUUAUUCCAAGAUUUUCAGCCUAGAGACCAGUUAAGAGAUCGAUUAGUACCCAUACCCAAAGGAGGAGGUGGGAACGAUCCAACCGGGAAUAGCGAUUCCGGCCCCAGCUCUAGUCAGAGUCGAAGAUCCUUUCCAAAUAGAGGAAAUGGGCAAGGACCACCGGGAGGACCAGGAGAUAAUCCUGAUAAUGACCCGGUUGCUAACGCGGCAAGGGCUAGACCGUUUCGGCCAGCGCCCGUUCACUUCGACACAAAACUGAAACCCAAAAUAAUACCAGAAUGGAACGGUGAAACUAAAGGACUAUCACGAUGGAUCAUAUCCAUCAACAAUAUAGCAGAAUAUAGUAAUUACACGCGCAUUCAAUUAGGGCAGCAAGUACCUUUAAGGUUUACUGGAAGGGCACUUAGGUGGUUCAACGCUUUAGAUAAGGCCUAUCGCCAACAAAUUACCGCUGAUUGGCCUAGCCUGAGGCGAGCUAUCACAAUUCAUUUCAUGAAUCGCACAUUCAUGGAAAGAAAUAAAGCCGAAGCCCUAUAUGCUAAGUUUAGAGAUAGAAACCAUCCUCACGAGUUACCUGAAGAUUAUGUCAUCAGGAAGAUGGAAGCGCUUACUAUCUUAAGCGACUGGACGGACUCAGAACUUAUCACUGAAAUCAUGAACAGUGCUCCGGAACACUGGGCAUUAUACAUUGACACUUCAGUAGUCACUACUUGGGACGAUUUCCUAGAUAAGAUAUCAUGGCACAAAGAAAAGCUGUUGAACCACGAAGGAUCUAAUACUACGGAUAUACAACGGCAAUUAAAUGAAAUGAAAGCAAUGCUUAAGAAGCUAGAUAACCCUAGGCAAAGUCGAAACCAGGUACGAGCACAGCAGACUGCUUCCAAGCCAAUCGGUUGGUACAAAAGUAGUCAAUCACCACCAUAUCCAAAGGACAAUACGACGGUGUCCAAAGGAAAAACUCCUAAAGAUAAGAAAGCCCGUCCCUGCCGACACUGCGGAAGCCUGAUGCAUUGGGACCGCAAUUGUAAGUACGCCAGGCAAAACUCCAGAAAUGUCAGGGCGCAGAUGGCGGAAGCCAGCGACGAGGAGCGAGCGGCGCAAGAAGCUUACGACGACUUGUGUGAUGACGCAUAUAUGGAAGAAUCCGAUUCAGAAGACGAAGAAUUGGAGCAGGAUUUUUGUGAACCCCUCCAGCCGUUGGCAGCGUCUAUGAACGCUUGCGCUUCUGAAGCGUCAGGAAGCAAUGAAUUAGGCUCGGAGGGGGAAUCAAUCAACGGAAACGAGGAAAAAGUGUUUUCUGGAUACGUGCUAUCUAAGUUGCCGACUAGAAGAAGUUGGGGUAAGAAAUUGAAACUAGCUACUAACACAUUUUCCAGUAUGGCAGGAAAUGAAAUCACUUUAAAAAGAAUGAUGUCAAGACCACCCGGCACGGCUUUCUUCGGAUCAAAAGCUACGAUUAUCAAAGGGUGGAUUCAGAAUGCAUACGGACCCAAGAAACAAAUCACUUUCGAUUCCAGGUCGGAGAUCACACUUAUCAACAAAACCUUGCUUAAGAGCCUAGACCCACCGCCUAAAGUACAAAUAGGCCAGAAACUUAGACUAAUUCAAGUAACUAGCAAUAGUAGUUUGUCUCAAUAUGUAACAGUGCCGCUGGUAUUUGAAACAGACAAAGGGCCUGUUUGCAUGAUGGUAGAAGCUUAUGUAGUACCAAAUAUGAACACUCCGUUUAUUUUAGGAACCGACUUUGCAUCCCAAUACCAAUUAUCUUUAGUUAGAAACGACGACGGCACCAGCAUAAUUUUUGGGGACACGGGUAGGUCCAUUCGAGUCAAAGAAUCUAACAGCACGCCCAGAGUGGAUAAGGAAGGAAAUACCUUUCUUGUAGAAGUAGCGCAAGGAUUUACGCAAAACGGGUUUAGAAGGGCACGCACAAGAAAGGAAUAUAAGAAGCGACUUAAGGAACGAAAGAUAUCGAACUUCUCAGACAAGCCGGUAAAACUACAGGCGGGGGAAGUCAUAGGAUAUAUGCGCGACCCCAGGGAAUGCUUAGCACGCGAAUCCAAACUGAGCAAUCAGGAGAAAGCCGAUAUAGUCAAAUACGCCAAACUAGUACAGGUAAUUGCUAAAAGAAAAUCCGAAGAAAAACCUACCCAUGAGAUCGAAGAGUUAACUCGGCCCCCAGAAGGAGGACCAAAGACAGCCGAGGUUCCAGACCUAGAACGAAUUCCAUCAGAGCAACUGCUAGAGGAAGUACAGUUCUUGGAGCAUCUAACUAGGGAACAACGGUUAAAAUUAGAGGCUAUAGUAAGAAAGAACGAGUUGGCAUUUGGAUUAAAUGGAAGAUUGGGAAAUUAUGACGCACAAGUGGAAAUCAAGUUAAGGCCAGGAACUAAGGAAAUAUCUUUAGCACCGUAUUCAGCGUCCCCAGCUAAGCGUGAAGUUAUUGAUAAGCAAAUCAAGGAAUGGUUACGAUUGGAAGUGAUAGAACCUUCUAAAAGCGCACUAUUGAAGGCUCAACGCCGAGCCCAAUGGCUAUCCACACUAGACGCCCUUGCAGGAUUCACGCAGUUAAGCAUCAAAGAGGAAGACCAGGACAAAACGGCGUUUAGAUGCCAUCAAGGAUUGUUUAAUUUCAAACGACUACCAUUUGGGUACAGGAACGGUCCGCCAGCAUUUCAACGAGAAAUGAACGCUAUACUAGCUCCCUUCCUAUGGAUAUUUGCGCUGGAUGGCCAUACCGGCAUCCAAGCAAAAGGACGACGUGACCGGGGGGAUGAGUGGGACGCUAGCGACUUUGAAGAAACGAUAGUGCACGUCAAACGAGUAAUAGCUUACUGGUCAAGGAUACUGAGAGAAGCGGAACGAAACUACUCGCCAACCGAGAGAGAAGCGUUAGCACUAAAAGAAGCUUUAGUAAAAUUUCAAGUAUACCUAGAAGGGUCGGAAUUCAUAGCAAUAACGGAUCACGCCGCCCUUACUUGGAGUAAAACUUACAACAAUGUGAAUCAACGACUAAUGACAUGGGGAUUGGUGUUUUUGGCUUAUCCGGGUAUGCAGAUAGUACACCGAGCAGGAAGAGUACAUGAUAACGCAGAUCCAGUCUCGCGGCUCCAAAGAAGAAUACCUUAUCAAACAGGCCCAUUAGCAGACAUUUCAACGCCACUGAAGCUAAACACCGAGGACGACCCAUUAAAGAAUUUGUAUAAGGAGAUUGGAGAUAAAUUCGAGCAGGAAGUAUUGGAAGUAGUCAGCGCAUACACUAAGGCUUGUGACAAGAAAAAAAGCAGACCAAGGGAAAACAUCUGGGUUGCAACGGUUGCAGGCCAGAUUCCUUGUCAAAUAAUUAAAUCUUAUUCAGUACAAAUAGCCAUAAGUCAGACAGAAGUCAAGAAGUUUCUUCAAGCUUAUCUAAGCGACAAUCAUUUUGCAAAAGUAUUGGAGGAGAUCCGAACAAAACUCAACGAACCAAACCCACCGUAUACACAGUACAAGCUGGGAGAGAACGGAUUGCUGUACUUUGUAGACAAUAAGGAAAGACAUCAACUAUGCGUACCUAAGGGAUUACAGAUAGAAAUUAUCAAAGAAAAUCAUGAUAAUCUGAAUCAAGGAGCACAUGCAGGAUUGGCUAAGACGUAUCAGCAAAUCGCAUCAGUCUACUACUGGCCUAAAAUGGUAGAAGGAGUUUGGCAGUACGUUUUUUCCUGCGACAUUUGCCAAAAGGCUGGACAUCGCCAACAUGGUCCGAGAGGGUACUUGCAACCUAUACCCAUACCGCAACAGCCGUUCGAAGUAGUAUCCAUGGAUUUUGUCAUGGACUUACCACCCAGCGGCAAAUGUAACGCCAUCCUAGUGGUAAUAGACAAACUAACUAAAUAUGCACACUUCCUACCGUGUACUACACAGAUAAAUGAAAUUGAAACAGCUAGAUUAUUUCAUGACAAUAUAUGGUGUCAGUACGGAUUACCACAACAGAUCAUAACGGAUAGAGAUGCUAGAUGGACCAGCGCUUUCUGGGAACAUCUAGUUAGUUUACUAGGCAUCAAACGCGCUCUUACCACGGCGUAUCACCCGCAAGCGGACGGACAAACGGAAAUUAUGAACCAAACUAUGGAAACUGCCAUUAGAGCAUUCACUAACCCCAUGAAGAACAAUUGGAAGUAUUUACUCCCAGGACUAGCCCACUCUUACAACACUAGUAUGCAUACAGCAACCCAGCAGACUCCUGCAUUCUUACUCAGAGGGUUUCAGCCGCUAGCCACGGCCGAUUUGCUCGCACUAACGGCCGACCAUGUUCAAAGGCCGUCUAAGGAAAGCGAGUCAGCAGAAGAAUUCAAGGAGUCUAUGGAUAUGGUACGCGAUCUAGCAAAAGACGCUCUCAAGGUUGCUCAGAGUCUACAGCAAAAAUACUAUAAUAUGAAUAGAACACAUAAUAUCUAUAAACCAGGCGAUCUGGUGCUAAUUAACCCCCAUUCACUAAGGCUGCUAAAAAGAGGCAAGGGUAAAGGCGAUAAACUAAACAUGAGAUACGAGGGACCAUUUGAAGUUCUAGAACAAGUGUCUCCCGUCUCUUACCAAUUGCGACUACUGGGUAGCUACAGAAUUCAUCCCGUAAUCAAUAUUGCCCACCUAGAAAACUACAAGCCAUCACCAGCAAAGUUCGGGAAGCGACCUACUAAACACAUUCCCCGGCAAGACUUUGAACAAAUGCCGGAGUACAAAGUAGAAAAGAUAGUGAGCGAGCGAAUGAUUACUCGAGGAAAGAAGCGUAUAAGGCAAUACAAAAUCCAAUGGCUGGGAUACGGACCAGAAGAGGACAGGUGGAAAUCGGAAAAGGAGCUAAAGAACGCACCAGACAUAAUAAGAAACUGGCACAAAGCUAAAAAUGAAACAAAUUAA